AUGCAGAGUGUUAUUGGUGAUGUGGUUAGUGAAUUUCAAUCUGGGUUCAUUCCUGAGAGGAAAGUUUCUGAUAACAUUCUACUUGCUACAGAACUGAUCAAAGGUUACACCAGGGCAUAUGUUUCUCCUAGAUGUCUCCUAAAGUAUUUUGAUCAAUGGAAAUCAACUAAACCUUUCAGUGCAAAAAAAGGGCUAAGGCAAGGUGACCCUAUGUCUCCAUUCUUGUUUGCAAUUGGCAUGGAAUAUCUUACAAGGCAUUUAAAACAGCUCCAAACUCAACCUGACUUCAAUUUUCAUCCUAAGUGUGAAAAGUUAGCCAUUACUCACCUAAUGUUUGCUGAUGAUUUACUCAUGUUCUCCAGAGCUGACAUUCAAUUUGUCAAAAUGAUGUUUACUGAAGCUAAUCUUGACAAAGUAAUAUUCUCAUUGAUGGGGUAUCUUGGUGUACCUCUAUCUACAAAGAAAUUGGCUUAUAAUCAAUGUAGGCCGUUGAAUGAGAAAGUGGUUGCUAAAGCUAAAACUUGGACAGCUAGGAAUCUUACCUAUGUUGGCAGACUUCAAUUUGUGCAGACUAUUCUUUUCAGCUUGCAGUCCUUCUGGUGUCAAAUCUUUAUUUUUCCCAAGAAGGUUAUUAGAGAAAUUCAGAACUUCUGCAGGAUUUAUCUGUGGACUGGUCAUACUGAUCCUUCAAGGAGAUCUCUGGUUGCAUGGUACAACAUGUGUCUUCCUAGAACUGCAGGAGGAUGGAAUUCGAAAGAGAUGAACUUGUGGAACAAGGCUGCAAUUGCUAAUCUUCUCUAG